ACAUAACGGAAGCUUGAGUAAGGUUAGCGUCAGUGCGAGACUAGACUGUUCUAAAAUUGUUAUUUGAAAAGUAUAAACAAUGGAGUCAAAACAUUCAAUAAGAGAUUUCUACAAAGGAAGGAAUAUUCUGGUGACCGGGGGCUGUGGGUUCAUGGGAAAGGUGUUGGUGGAGAAACUGUUAAACUACAUCCCGGACCUCGGACGAGUAUACCUGCUUAUGAGACCAAAGAGGGGGAAGACUGUCCAACAGAGGCUCGAACAUAUGCUUAGUUCUCAGAUGUUUAACAGACUCAAACGCGAUAAAAAGGAAGCCAUCAAAAAAAUUAUACCAAUACAAGGCGACGUGCUAUUGGAUGGCUUAGGUAUAUCUAUUGAAGAUAUGAAGACCCUUUCUGAAGAAGUGUCGGUGGUGUUCCAUAUGGCAGCGAGUUUGAAAAUGGAAGCUUCACUGAAAGACAAUUUAGCGAUCAAUACUGUGGGGACCCAGCGCACUCUCAGCGUUGCCAAAAAAAUCAAGAAUCUGGUUAUUUUUGUAUAUACAUCGACAGCCUUUUGCUAUCCUGACUAUGAAGUUUUGGAAGAAAAGUUCCACGACCCAUCAGCAGACCCCCAUGACGUCAUCCGCUUCUGCGAAUGGCUGGAUGACAAGCAGGUGUCUCUUCUCACCCCGUCGCUGCUGGGCAAGCAUCCUAACACUUAUACGUACACGAAGCGACUCGCGGAGAGCUUGGUCAACGAUGCCUAUCCGGACAUGCCAUGCGUUAUUGCUAGGCCUUCGAUUGUGUGCCCUGCAUACCUGGACCCGAUACCAGGCUGGGUGGACAACAUCAACGGACCCGUGGGUCUGCUGUUGGGCGCCGGCAAAGGCGUCAUCCGGACCAUGCUGUGCGACGGCAGGAUAUACGCGCAAGUCAUACCGGUGGACGGGGCUAUCAAUGCCAUGAUAGCGCUUGCCAUGAUUGAGGCGACUAAGGAAAAAUCAGAAAACAUACCUAUCUACAACCUGAAUGUGGGACAUCUGAUGCCAAUAACUUGGGGUGAAGUGUUACAAUAUGCCAAAGAGAUUGGCUGGAAGUGUCCCAUGGCAUGGCCGUUGUGGUACCCUGACGGGGGUAUCACUACAAACGUUGUGAUACAUGAGACCAAACGCGUUCUUUUUCAUUUGGUGCCGGCGUAUAUCAUUGAUUUUCUCCUGUUAAUAGCGGGACAAAAACGAAUCAUGGUCAGGAUACAGGAAAUAAUCUCAAACGGCUUGAAGCUACUUCAGUACUUCACUAUGCGAGAAUGGCAUUUUCCUUGUCCAAAUUACGAUGCGAUCCAUACAAAACUGUCAGAGGAAGAAGACGAAAUGUUCCCAACGUACAAAGAAGAGUUUGAUGUAGAAGCUUAUUUGUACCAGGCUGUGGAGACCGGUCGCGUUGUCUGCUUUAAGGACGAUCUGUCGAAAAUACCCAUCUACAGAAUAUAUUAUUAUUUCCUGUACGUGUUGGACACGGUUCUGAAGACCGUGUUCUGGUGUUUUAUGUUGUCGCUUCUGGUGGGGUGGUGCGAACCUCUGCGCGAGCUGCUGGCGCUUGCCGAACCGGUGGUCAAAUAUCUACCGUUUCUGGGGAAAGCUGUGCUUAAACAAUAGCAAUAAAUGUUAUUUAUUAUUGUUUUGUUUGUUUCGUCGAAUAAAGAAAAUAUUUACCGUAUA